AUGAGAGUGACCACAUACAACUCUAUCAAGGAUGUUCCCUACGUACGAGACGACUCAUGGGGUUCCUUCAAAGGCUCCUAUGGCACGGUCUAUAGAGCGACAACGAAGCGCCUCGUGGGCAAGGGACAGAUUUUCGCAAUCAAAGAGAUGCAAACUGUGUCGGCGAAGGAUCAACUGAUGGCUGCCCAAGAGAUCAAGUUCUUGCGUCAAUUCCGGCAUCCCAACAUUCUGGAACUUGAGGACGCUUUCGUUAUUGAUCUUCCGGGCCAUCAGAUGCUGCAUACUAUCCGCCUCGUAACAAAGCCAUGGGCGCAUGUAUCUCUGCAUCAUUUCAUCCAGGAUCUCACGAACUCGUCCGGCUCUUCGACGAUGUGCCCCUGGUUCAAACCUCAGGAACUAGACCCCUGGCCGAGUAUUGUGCGACAGUGUCUGAGCGGCCUCGUCUACCUUCACAGCCAGCAGCCAAAUCCCAUUCGGCACAAGGACAUCAAACCCCAUAACAUCCUCCUCUAUGCUGAAGUUCAGCGCUUUGGAAAGCUCGAAGUCCGUCCUAUAAUCAUCGACUUUGGAAUCAGCAAAGAGCACAUUGAUGGAGCUACGACCGCAAAUACUGGUACUUAUGAAUACAAAGCGCCGGAGCAAAUCAAGAACCUGGACCCGACUCUGGCAAAGUAUACUCAGACCCUGGCCGACCCUCCUAAACGUAUAUGA